UAAAAAACAAACUUAUCUUUGCGAUAAUGGAUUGUAUUAAUAAUCGAAAAUUAUGUUUGUGAAUUUUUUCAACAAAUUUAGUAUCGUUUAAGUUUUUGUUUAAAUAAGUCAUAUUUAGCUCGUCAAUUAUAUGAUAACCGAAAGUUUUAUCAAUUUUUAAAUAAUGAAGGCUAAAGUAUUCGUACUUACAUUUCUGUGCCAUUCUUUUUUCUUCACAUUGGUCGCUAGCGAAAGUUACGAAAAUAGCACAGUUAUAGAUGGAACAUCUGCGGACUAUUCAACAAAACAAGUUGUGGAUGGAAAGCCCAUAAUAAUUCACACGCAACUUCAACAUUAUGACCAGCCAACGCUGAAAGAAUAUCAGGAAUGUCAUGAGAAUCUAGAGAAAUGUAAAAAUGUGUGUCAAGCUGUGGAGAAUCCUACUGUUUGCAUAACGAAGUGUCCAGUUUGUCCGUUUCUAGUAAAAGAGAAAGUUGUAGUACAGGGCAUUAACGACACAGAUUUCACUUCAGCAGCCGCAAAGUCCCUAAAUACCACAAAUAUAAUACGUCUGACGAAUCAAAUUCGUAAUAUAAUAGAAAAUCAUCAGGGAAAUAUAACUUAUCGCAAUGAAAACUUAGUUCACGUCCAUCAGAAUACUUCAAGAGUGGGUGGAAAAUUUGGCUUGGGUUAUAAUAACACCGAUCCAUGUUGCAUAAUAAUAAGAUCAUCGAAGAAUUGUGAAACCCAGAAGUUCUCCACUGCAGCUCACUGCCAUCGCAAACGUCAUCGUGUCUGUGGCAAACAAUGUAUAUCACGAGUAAUGUUGGCCAAACGCGUGACUCGAUGCGAUAAUACUCUUCCAUUAGACGAAAAUGUAGACUAUUCAGAGGAGAAUUGUCGUGAAAUAGUGAAAUAUAUUCCAUACAAUUCUCGUAGAAAACAAUGUGUUUCCAUACAUUCUUGGCCCUAUGUUGCAUGUGGCAAUAAUAUUGAAAUUGAGAAUUAUGAACGUUCAAUUUGUAGACGUUGUCAUCAUUUAACAUAUUACUAUAUAUUACAAAGAGGUGUACCAGCCCAGUGCAGCAGAUGUUUCAUGACUUACCCCAGACUUCCUUUCGAAGUGCAUCCGCCGCAAUGGUAUCCAGUAAUGGGGACCCAUUUUGAAGACGAUAAUUUUGAGCCCGUAGACGAUUUUAAUUUUCAUCAUCGGGGUGGUUGGCAAAAAGAUAAAACUAAAUGCAGAUUGCCCAAUGGGACCAUUAGUGAAAACUGCAUCGACAUUGAAGGCAGCGGUACAGAAUCAUCUCCCAAUACUUCCGAUCCUUGGGCGGAGUUGCCAGAAGCUCAAGAUGAAUAUUUGGAAUAUGAUACUUUUAACAGAGAUAACCUUGAAAAUUUACGUAGACGUCGUCAUAUUUUUACUAGAUCGAAGUAUAGUCGUCGGUAUAGGCAAUAAAAACGUUUAAAGAGAAAGAAAAUACAUUGAAAGAAAAACAUAUCGUCACCUGAAAUACAAAAAGGCGUAACAACCAAAAAAUUAAAAAUCGACUCUUGGAUUAAAAAUUGUCUAUUACGUCAAAUUUAUUG